AUGGCCAAAGGACGCAGGGAGGGGCAGACACAGAGCCCCAACUCCCGGCCAGACGCGACAGCGGGCUUUCCCCAGCGCCGCUUCACUGCCAAGGAGGCGGAAACCCCGGCGGGGGCGGGGCGGGAGGGGCGUGGCAUCGCAGCCCCGAACGCGCCUUCCGGCCAACCGGAUCCCACGAAGGCGGGGGAACCCGGGCUUCACGCCCCCUCGCCGCCGCGCCCUGAAAGCCGCACGCGGGAGACCCCCCUUCCUGUCCCGCACACCCCGCGGGCCCAAAGCAAGGCAGCCCCAAGGCCCCACCCACACGGAGAGGAGGGGCGGGGCCGCAGCCGCGGGUAUUUAGCGCGAGCCCGUCCCGCCCCUUUCUCCACCACCGCACGCGCGCCGGCCCCGCCUCUGAUCGGCGGGACGAGGGCCCGCCCCUCCGUGCGCACCGGGACUACGCUCUCCUCCCCCUCCCGCACGGAGUGCGGCCCCGCUCCGCCCCCCAUAGCCACGCACGGGAAGCCGAGGUCAGCCCCCCCGAAAAACACACGCCCUCCAGUCCCAGGUUACCCGCCACCCAGCUGCCGGACGGACCGCGGACGCGGCGUGCUCUCACCGCAAAAGCUCCAGCCGCUCAGCCUGCGCGUCGCUCCCGGCGUGAGCCUCGCACCCAGCACGGAGGCCCCGGAACGGCGCGGGCACAGGCCCGCAAGAGCGGACUGGCAACCUCCUUUGCGCUCACGAAGCGGUCACAGGCCUGAGUGCCCAGACUGGGAAGGAGGGAGGGAGGGAGGGAAACUCCAAGGGGGGAAGGGGAGGGGGGAAGAUGGAGAAACCGUCUCUGCCGCCUCUACCGCCGCGGCCGCUUCUCUGUUACCCGGGAAAUCCCGCCCACUCUCCCAGCCCGCCCCGCCGAGGGAAGGCUUAACCUCGCUCCGCCACGGGGUAUAUUAGCGAUCCGUCAAAGGCCGAGCCAAUCACCGUGCCGCACAGGCCCUACUCCCGCCUCCUCCCCUCGCUGGGAGGGGAGGGCGAGCCGCUCACCUUCUCCACGCCCCUAUUGGCGGGGAGCGUCCCUAACUCAACCCCGCCUAUUGGAGACUGAUUGCCGAAGCCCUCCCCCAGGCUGCAAUGUUAUUGGAGGGAGGAAAGCACCUCGUCACACCUCAUUGGAGAGUCCCGCAUAUCCCUCCCCACGGCCGCCCCAGCCACAGGCCUAACAAAUCGGCUCCCGCCUCCGCCGGUCACCGCAUUGGAAGGCUACCUUUGGUUCUCUCACAGCCCCAGGAAGCCAUCUGGACUAUUCAGCAGCUACUUUCAGCAGUAGACUCCCAAAUUAAGGUCUGGAGCUCUAAACGGAUGCACAAACCCAGAGAUUACAAGCCAGUCGCGAGGGAUGGCUGCAUACUGUGACACUCCGACAACCUGAAUGUGCAGCCCUCAGGGGGCGGAGACAGCCAAGCGGAGGCCUUUAAAUGUCACCGCCUGGGCAAGCCUCCGGAAGGCGGAGCAUGAGGUAAAAUGUAUUCCCUAUUGGCAGGACAGAUCCAGAGACAUUUUAGGCCAGGGGAACUGAGAUGCAGAAAAGCUCAAACAGACCACGGUAUAAAUAAACCUUGAGGGUGCAUUCAUAUUCA